AUGCCCCACAAACUCAUAGUGCUUCGUCACGGCGAAAGUCAAUGGAACCAUGAGAACAAGUUCUGCGGAUGGAUCGAUAUUCCACUUUCUUCAAAGGGUGAAUAUGAAGCUCGCCAUGCUGGCGAGUUGAUCCUUAGAGCUGGAAUAAAACCCGAUAUCAUGUACACACUGAUGCUCCAGAGAUCUAUCAAAACGGGCCAGAUCAUUUUGGAAGCCAUCCAUCGCAUGUGGAUUCCUCACAUCAAGACAUGGAGACUCAACGAACGACACUAUGGCCUGUUCCAGGGACGCAACAAAAACGACGUAUAUGAGCAAUAUGGAAAGGAAAAAUUCCAGUACUACAGGCGCAAUUUCCAUGCUGUUCCUCCACAACUGGACAUAAACACCGAUGCCUCUAUCGAUGCCAAAUAUGACAGUAUAUCUCGAGAAGAGAUUCCCACAGGCGAGUCACUCGAACUCACAAUGAAGAGACUUAUUCCAUUCAUAGAGUCACAAGUGAUUGAAGGCAGCAUGCUUCGCGAGGAUAAGACGGUGUUGAUCGUGACACAUGGAUCGAUAGUGAGAAGUUUAAUCAAGUACUUUGUCAAUGUCAGUGACGAAGAUAUCAGCAAGAUCAAUGCACCCACGGGAGUUCCUUUGGUGUUUGAACUUAAUGAUAGUGGCAAGCUUGCUACGAAUUACUACUAUUUGGAUGAGGAAUUGGCCCAGGAGGGUAUUGCCAAGGUUGCCAUGGAAGGACAGCUGAAACUUUAA